GAUGGUGUAUGAUGGUGUAUGUGUAUGUAUAUGAGGUACGUAGUGCUCACGUGGGGUCUGAGAUGGUUGCUUCCAUCGUGCUUUUCGCUUAUUUCUUUGGUCUGAAAUGGCAGUGGGUGGAGUGGUGAGUCACCAGAGGCAGUGGCAGAGACCCAGAGAAGGCAAAGACAAAAAUCACUGAAAGAUCCACACACGCAUCCACAUGGGCUUUCUUUCUUUCUUUCUUUCUUUCUUUCUUACUCCUUCAAAAAUUCUCCCUUUCUCCUCUUCUCCCCCUCAAGGCUCAAUUCUAUCUAUCUAUCUACUCAAAACUCAGAUGCCUUAAAUUUUGCUAAAUGGGGUUCGUACAAAACUAACAGACACUCCCAUAUGGCCAUUUCAGACUUACAGUCACUCACAGCAGCAGCCUUUUUUCACCUCCUUUUCUUUUACCAUUACCAUUACCAUUAACGCCUCUUUAUUUGAUAUUUUCACUAUCUUUUCUUAAUUUGCUUCGUACACUCCUCCAUCAUUUUCCGCUUCCUCACUAUUUUCUGCACUGCAACUCAGCCCAGAAGUGACAACACACACUAUUCUCUUUCCCUUACGUUUACUUGAUUUGUGCCCUGCCAACUCCUUGCUUUCCCAUUUCCGUAAUUCUCUCUCUCUUUCUUGCUUAAUCAUCCCAAUGGCUGCUACUCCCACUCGCCCACCUUCUUCUUCUUCUUCUUCUUCUUCAAUCCCACCCCCUUACCCCAAAUCUCCUCCUCAGUACCCAGAUUUGUAUGGAAAGCGCCGACAAGCCGCCAAGCUUCAGAUGCUCGACAGGGAGAUUGGUUUUCUCGAGGAAGAAUUGAAGUCUACCGAAGGUCUUCAACCGGCAUCUAAAUGCUGCAAAGAGGUAGCUGACUAUGUGAUCGCCAACUCAGAUCCCAUGAUACCAACAUAUAAGAAACAUCGCCGCAGAUGUCAAUUUUGGAAGUGGCUAUGUGGAUUCCCCUGUUGUAAGUUAUCCUGGAUUUGCUGUUGCUGUUAUGCUGGAUGCUCGAUCCAUCUCGAAAUCCCACCCUGCUGCAACUGUAAUAACCCAUGUAAAUGCCUAUCGUGUAGCAGCUGUAAAUUACCGAAGUGGCUGUGUUGUGGGGAGUGUUGUGGGCAGUGUGGGCAUUGUUGCACUUGUCCAACACUACCCCAAUGCUCAUGCCCUUGUCCAACCAUCACAUGCAGCCAAUGUUGUAGCCAUUUUUCAUUACCUUCCUGCUCCUGCCCAGAGUGGCCAUGCUGUGAAUGCAAAUGCAAAUGCAAAUGCACGUUAGGAAAAUGUCUAAAAGUACAACAUUGUUGCUGUUUUGGUAGCAGAAGCUGUUGUGGGUGUAGUGGAAACUGCUGCUGUAAUCCAUGCCAGUUGUGUUGCUAGCCAGAGACCACUGCUCACUCCCUUACUCUAUCUGGUAUCUCUUUGGGAAACUUGGAGUAGUUCAGUUAAGGAAUGUCAAUUAGUCCCAAGAAAGUAAAAUAAUGCUGAGGAAGACGGUGGUGGCGGGGUCAAAAAUGAUUCUUCCUGUGGUGAGUCUAGCGACUGCAACUGUAAUACUGCAAAAACAGUGAGGAGAAUGGGAGCAUCCUAAACUCCUUGCCUGCACAAACUGGGAGAGCUCAGCUCAGGUCCAUUAAGCAUAAUAGCAACCAUAAAAGCGCCAGUUGGAUGUUGGAGAAAGAAACGGGCGGUCCCAUGCCACUGCCACUGCUAUAUCAUAAUUAUCAAUUUUUUUUUUUUUUUCAAUUCACAAGCGCCAUUAUUUGCUAAUGUAACAAGUUGCUUGGUUGAAAAUUUAAGACCUCUACAGAGCUUUCUGUCCUCCCCCUGCAAUCUCACAGCUUGCUUCCUCUUCUUUUGUCCUGUGGCGAUUUUCCAAUACCUAAAAUAAUAGCCAGAUAUGUUCACGAUCCACU